AUGACCGCACAGAUUGUGGAAGGGCUCUGCAAAUUCAAGUCAGCCUUGUUUCUUGAAUUUUUCCAAGGCUGGGCAAGAAGCCGGUCCAGGCUUUUCGAAGGCUUUUUGAGGCCUGCACUUUUGACCCACUCGCAAUAAUCAAUAAUCCGAUCGGGCCCAAACUUUGCAGGCUUGUUGUGCUUGGAUUAAAGUAUUUUGGGUUCGAGUUUCAGACCGAACGGAUUAUCUGGUCCCGAGACAGACUGGUUAAAGACCGAAGAGACCGUGUUUCUGCGAAAAUUGCGGCCUUUUCGGCCUCUGAUCCACAAAUCUCGGCAAUCGAAACAUACUGAUAGCAUUCAAAUUUUUGGGAAAAGUGAGCGAAAUCGAAAAGUUGCGAUUCAUUUGCAAAGCGGCCAGCAGACUGUCGUUCCUGGAGCGCCAAAACUGCAUCAAUCGUGUCGUCGCAGCCGCGAAUUGCCUUCUUUCCGCCAAAAAUGUGAGCAUUUUUUGAAAAAUCUAGAAAAAAAUCGAUAAUUUUGCAGGAAAUCAAAAUUAUCGUGGUCUCGUGAUCGGCUAUUCGCUCGACAAACUGCAUCGAUAUUUUCGACCGCUUGGACGUUCAAAACCGAGCCGAUCUGA